AUGUACGACAUGGGCAUGGCCAGAGUAUUUUUGGAUGACGAAGGCUAUCAUCGACCACCGAGAUCUCACGCGGGCAUGCGAGGCACAGAGGAGUGGAGCAGUCUCAAUGCUGAAAUCGGACGCGAUCAGUGGUAUCUGCGCACACUGGGUCGUGAUGAUACUCCAGACUAUUUCUAUCUGGCCAUGAUCCUUCAGGAAUCAACUGGACGUGUCAAAAAGACUCAGAAACCGGAAUCCGUCAACUACAAGAAGGCGAUGACCGAGAUCAGUCUACUUGAACGGGAAUUCUUCUAG